AUGCGACUGGAAACCACAGUGCAGCGCUCAUCUGCGAAGCAAGGCUUCCGCAAUACAGGAAUCGCUGCUUUUGCAGUCGACGCCCAUGCCGUUUCCCCAUUCAUUCUUGUUCUGUCUCUAAACUCUCGCUCUCCUUCGCUCCUGCUGGUGUGUCUGCCUUUUGUGACGCCGCUCCAGCUUCAGCAGGCUUUAUCCGGCGGAAAGCUGUACCUCUGGAGUCCGCAGCACCAGAUCAAGCUCGUGUUGCCGUACUGA